AUGGCCUCUUCCCAAUACCUCCUCAUUGCUCUUGCCAUUAUGGCAAUUUCUGUCCCUUCAAUUUCUGCAGUCGAAUUCGUCGUCGGAGAUGAGACAGGUUGGACAAUCAACUUUGAUUACCAAGCUUGGGCUCAGGGAAAGGAAUUCUAUGUUGGAGACAAACUCGUGUUCAAUUACCCACAAGGAGCUCACAAUGUGCUCAAAGUCAAUGGCACUGGCUUCCAACAAUGCUCGGCCCCAGCAGGGACGGUGCCGCUGACUAGCGGAAACGAUGCGAUCACCCUGGCAACCCCGGGAAGGAAAUGGUACAUUUGUGGUUUUGGUCAGCAUUGUGAAGUGGGAAACCAGAAGCUUGUUAUCACAGUGUUGCCUAAGGUAUCUUCACCUGUUCUUUGGCCUUCUCCUUCUCCUUCACCUUCACCUUCACCUUCUCCGAGCCAAGAUCAACCGUCCGUGGCGAAUAUUAGCUCUGCAUCUAGAUUUGGCUUGAUGGCAAUCUUAGUGGGUGUUCUUGGAGUGUUCCUAUCUUGA